GGCUUGUUGCCGUAGCAAGAUCCCAAUUGGGCUGACGUUCAACAGUUCCAGCACUCCAGCAUUGAUAGCGCAUCGAAAAAUCGCGUCGCAUCUUCAUUCGCUGUUGCACCAUUUGCACCCAAUAGCACCACCACGGUCACCACCACUUCUUCGGCAACACCCAGCGCUCCUACCGUCUUCCAGGAUCAUCACAGUUGUUCGACCGCGAGCAAACACCGUGCACAUAGCACAUAGCAAUUGCCAUUUUCCACCUUAACCACGAGACACCUUACCCAAUAUCGUGCCUGACAUGGCGCCCUUAAUCCUCCACAACGUCCCAGACGACGAGCUUUACGUCGGUGACGACGGCAUCCAAAGACCUUACGCCAUGGUGUUCCCACACCAAGAUGGUCCCCGCUCGAGAAGGGCAGUCCACGAGACAGGCUCCUUCGGCAAGUCAACACGUCGGUCGCGAUCCAAGACAGCCACACCAGCCAGGAGGGAAGAUGCCACGAUAGCCGCCGCCGACCGUGUAUUCUCGAACUACCUCGCGAACCUGAACCCAGAUCAGAACAUCACAGCCGCCCAAAGGAAACAGUCUCUCAUACCAUCGUCCCUCGGCGACGAGAAUGCCGCGCCCACCCAACUGUCUAAGAAACACCACCCAACCGAAGUGAUACUACGCGGCUACCGCUCUGUCUCGCACCAGUAUGCCGCCAUCAACCACUACGAGCAGCUCGCCGGGAGGAUAUGCGAGGACUACCCGCGCGACCCGCCGCCCGAGAACAGGCGGUACAAGUCCGAACUGCGCGACCCUCUCCUCGCGCGAAGACGGCCUCUAACCGCCGAAGAGCGCGCGCUAGUCAACAAGGCCGACGGUGGCGAGCACUGGGUGAAGGUGACGUUUGAGUCCGCCGAGGCCGCCGAAGCAGCCAUGAUCGCCUCUCCCCAAGCCAUCCUCGGCCACCUCGUAUUCGCCGAGCCCUACGAUGGCCACCCGCCCGCCCGCGACGAGGCCGUACCCGACAACGCCUCCUUCAUCAACAACGGCGUCACUCCCGCCGCCACAAACAACCGCCGCGGUUCGUCAGGUCAACAACCACGCUCCCGCGUGACCAUGACAAACCCCUACACCUCCUACCUCGACAACAACAACAACAACAACAACGCGCAAAACCAAUCCCCUUCCUCCUCCCGCACCGCUGACACCGGCACUAUCUCCGACACCUCCAGCGCGACCAUCACCUCAGCCGCCAUGGGCGCCGUAGCCGGCGCCUUUACGCACGGCCUGGACUCGCUCGCGCACUCGACUGCGGGCGGGGCCCACCACCUUUCGUCGGUUGUCGACGCCCAGGAUCCGGACAGCGAGUUCUGCCGGGCGAUCCCGACGGUGCGCAAGGCUAAGCUCCUGCCCGUCGACCAGGCGCUGCUUCCCGCUCCUUCGUACACGCAGCGGGUGCUGAACCACGUGCCGCUGUUCAAGUGGUUUAGCGGGAACAUGAUCGGGAACGAGGUGCCGAGGAAGGAGAACGGCGAGUUUGAUUGGGAUCGGGCGAGCUUGUACUGGAAGUUGAUGUGGUGGUUGGAUGCGAGGUUGUAUUUGUUUAGGGGGGAGGUGUUGAGUGCUGAUAAGGAUGAGUAAGUGAUUAGGUAC